AUGCUCUCCACACCUUUCAACUCUCGUAUCGUUAAAUAUGAACCCCCGCGAGGGUUCAUUAUCCCGAAAUUCUCCACAUAUGACAGAUCCAGCGAUCCCUUUGAUCAUAUAAUGCAUUACCGGCAGCUCAUGACCCUUGAUAUGGGGAAUGAUAUGCUGUUGUACAAGGUUUUCCUAGCCAGUUUGAAAGGACAGGCUCUUUCAUGGUUCCACCGACUGCCCGUAAACUCGAUCGACAAUUUUCGGGAUUUGUCCGAGGUCUUCGUGGGGCAAUACUUAUGCUCAGCCAGACAUAAGCAGAAUAUCAGCACCCUGCAGAACCUCAAAAUGCAAGAAAAUGAAACUUUGAGAGAGUUCGUUAAGCGAUUCAGACAAGCUGUUCUACAAGUCGAAUCGUACAGCAUGGACGCAAUCCUCCAAAAUUUUAAGCGGAGCAUAUGCUUAGGAACCCCCUUCUUCGAGUCCCUCGCUAAAAAACCUCCCACAACCAUGGACGAGUUAUUCCGGCGUACGAAUAAAUACUCCAUGUCAGAGGACGACAUCCGUGACGCUGCACAGCAGGUCCUGGUAACUGGCCAAGCCACUAAAAACGAAGCCACCAUAAGCUUCAAAACACCCAGCCAUUCUGGGACAUCCAACCGGAGGCAAGACGAGCGGCGACCACCACUCGUUCAAACACCUCUCACCAAGUCAUACGAAAAACUGCUUCUUAUAAUCCACAAUCUACCCGGAUUCAGAUGGCCAGUGCCAAUACGAUCUAACCCCUCAGAAAGGGACCGCAAUAAAAGAUGUGAAUACCACAAAGAUCACGGGCACACGAUUGAAGCAUGCAUAAGCCUCCGUUACAUGGUGGAGGAUCUCCUGAAGGCAGGACACUUGAAACAGUACAUCUGA